UUCAAAUAAAAUUAAGUGGGAGUCACUGUGUGUCAGGAUCUGUUUAGGAAGUGGUAGGGUGAAAUUAACUUGACCAAGAAAGCCAAAUGGUAUCCUGAGGUGCAUUAAAAAGAGUGUGGCCAGCAGGUUGAGGGAGGUGAUUCUCCCCCUCUGCUGUGCCCUGGUGAGGUCACACUUAAACUACUGUGUCCAGUUCUGGGCUCCCCAGUUAAAAAGAAGAAGACAGAGAUCUCCUAGAAGGAGUCCAGUGGAAGGCCAGAAAGAUGAUAAAAGGCCUGGAGCACCUCCUGUGUGAGGAGAGGAUGAACAACCUGUGUCUGUUCAGCCUGGGGAAAAGAAGACUGAGUUGGGCUCUGAUAAGUGUUUAUAAAUGUCUGAAGGGAGAUAGGAGGCAAAUGGAUGAAACCAGGCUCUUGGUGGUGCUUAGCAAUGAGACAAGGAGCAGUGAUCUAAAACUUGACAUAGGAAGCUCCAUUCUAAUAUGUGGAAGAACUUCUUUACAGUAAGGGUGAUGGAGCACUGGAACAGGUUGCCAAGUGAGGUUGUGAAGUCUUCUUUGAUACUCAAAACUUACCUGGAUGCCUGCCUAUUGUAGGGAACCUGCUUUGGCAGGGGGGUUGGAUUCACUGAUCUCCCUUCUAACCCUGCCAUUCUGUGGAAAACAACUUUCUGUAAAGUCUCACCACACUUGAAGAAUGAAACGAGGUGAUCUGUCUCACUGCCUGAAGAAACUGAGUCCUAACCUUGACACGUCCAAGUGUUACUCACAUACACAAAAAGCCUCGAAGGGAAGUUUGAAAGGAAAUAAAUUGGAAAGGAAGGAUCCAUCCGUCUUUCCUGUUUCACAGAACUGCGCAUGAAGCAGGGUGCAAUGUGCAGGAGAUAUUCGCAGUUGCUUUUCUGUCGUUCUCCUGUACUUUGCUCUCUAGUUUAGAUAGGCAUUUGCAGCACUGCAGGAUUUCUGUCUGUGACCUAUUCUUAUCUGGGAAAGCAGUGUUACCUUUUAAACCAGUGAGAAUACUGGUGUUAGAGUGCUCUAACACCGCUCUGAAGUCCUUUCAUCUUGAUUGUUCCAGCCAUUUUAUAAAAGGGAUAAAAGCCUGUGUCCUUUUGGCUUUUGAAGGGAAAUGCAUGAAGCGUAGGGUUGUAUUGUAGAUGACCUUUGUGAGCUUAGACAUGGUUAGGAUAUGAAUCCACAUCACCUCCUGGGAUCAGUACAUUAAGAAGGAGACUUUCAGUGUCUGUGAAUAUACAAGUUUGAGGGCAUGAAAUAGCAACUUAUGCAAAUACUAAUGAAUCCUUACAUCUGUUUUCACAUAUGCAUAAGGGUAUGAAUUUGCAAGAUAGUGUGGGUGUGAAUAGAUGCAGGCCUGGGAAAAUUGUGAUAGCUUGUAACUGUGCCACUUGGCACGUAGUGUGUAUACAAACAUAUACUUACAAAAUAGUAUUCAAAGUAAAGUAAUUUCUACCUUCUCUUCCCUCUGAAAAGAGUCAUGAACCCUAGGUUGUUUUUUUUUUUAAAGUGUAAUUUCUACUUGUGACAAUCUUAAAGUCUUUCCCACUUUCUUAUUUUGGUGACUUUCUGAAUGGGAACCUGCACUAUGUGAUGCUGUCUGCAUACCCGAGUACAGAUGGAGAAGUGAAUGGCAUUGGAGUCAACCCAACAACUGUCUUCAGUGUGCUCUGUGAUUUAGGAUUGGAGUAACGGGUGAAGUUGGCAAUUUCACUGGACUGCAUGUUAGUAAAGCUACUUGUAGGGAUGCAUGCAUUAACAUUUUAUUUAUUCAUUUUGAGUUUUGUGAUUCAUAGUAGUUUCGAAAAAUACUUCCGAAAUCAAUAGCGUGUUUUGUUUGCUGCUAUAUCUACAGUGUUAUUGAAGCCCCUCCUUGACACCUUUAGUGUUACUGAAAUUUCCAUUGUACUUUAUGAUCUCUCUGUGCUACUUUUAUUCCUUUUACUUUUUUUUUUCUUGUAGCAAAGCGUGAGUGUUUGGUUCUGUAGCUUUCCUGUUGGCACAACUAUCAUUCUGCUGUAAAUGUUGAAAGACUGCUGCUUCACGGGGGAAUACAGGCACUGCGUGGAUAAUUUGAGAAUUGGGAAUACAGCCUUCUGCACUCUAUGGGCCAGCCCUGAGUUAUUAAUUAGUUAGACCAUUCUGUAAUUUUGUACCAUUUGAUGCUCUUUCAGGAAACCAAGGAACGAGUAUUUCUGUUUUUUAUUAACUUUGUCAUUGCAAUACAAAGUAUGCAAUUGAGAGACGAAGAUGGACUUGAUUGUGAUUCUUCCAUCUGGUGUCCUCUUCCUGCAAGCCUCACAACUGAGGCUUUGUAUGGGAACUGCGGAGUCAGGGCCUGAACCUCCGAUUGAUCACCUGAGGUGAGCCAUGAGUCAGCCAGAGGAGCACAGGUGGAGGCAAUUCACUGUGCUGCUGGAAGGGAUGGAGCCUGGCUGCACCCCUCCUAGACCUAUUGAAGAGCUGGCUACCAGUGGGGAAGGAUCUCUUCUGGAGAUCACCUCUCCUGGUGUUUUGUGGUGAGCUCAGCCAAAGGGUUAAUAAUGCUUGUAAGCCAGAGGUGAAAGUGGCUCAGCAGAGCAACGCUGGGAAAUCUGGCAGACUGGAAGAGAACAGCUGCCCUGCAGGGCAGCUGCCGAGCUUGAAGCAUGGAGGAGAGUAAGAACGAGAAGGUGAACCAGGCUCACGUUCUCUUCGACAGAUUUGUCCAGGCUUCAACGUGCAAAGGGACUCUCAAGGCUUUCCAGGAGCUCUGUGACUACUUAGAACUAAAGCCCAAGGACUACCGUUCUUUCUAUCACAAACUCAAGUCCAAGCUAAAUUACUGGAAAGCCAAAGCCUUGUGGGCCAAAUUGGAUAAAAGGGGCAGCCAUAAGGACUAUAAGAAGGGGAAAGCAUGCGCCAACACGAAGUGUCUGAUAAUUGGGGCUGGACCCUGUGGCCUUCGUACAGCCAUCGACCUGUCAUUCCUGGGAGCCAAGGUGGUGGUCAUAGAAAAGAGGGAUGCCUUUUCCCGCAAUAACGUUCUGCAUUUGUGGCCAUUCACCAUACAUGACCUGAGGGGUCUUGGCGCCAAGAAGUUUUAUGGCAAAUUCUGUGCAGGAUCCAUAGACCAUAUCAGUAUCCGUCAACUCCAGCUUAUCCUUUUGAAGGUUGCCUUGAUCUUGGGAAUAGAAAUCCAUGUCAAUGUGGAAUUUCAAGGGCUUGUUUACCCUCCGGAGGAUCAGGAAAAUGAAAGAAUAGGUUGGCGUGCAUUGGUCCAUCCAAAAACCCAUCCAGUAUCAGAGUAUGAAUUUGAAGUGAUCAUUGGAGGGGAUGGCAGAAGGAACACUUUAGAAGGGUUUCGCCGAAAAGAGUUCCGUGGUAAACUGGCGAUUGCUAUCACAGCAAACUUCAUCAAUCGUAACACCACAGCUGAAGCCAAAGUAGAAGAGAUCAGUGGUGUGGCUUUCAUAUUCAACCAGAAGUUCUUCCAGGAUCUACGAGAAGCCACCGGUAUUGACUUAGAGAACAUCGUCUACUAUAAGGAUGAUACACACUACUUUGUCAUGACUGCCAAAAAACAGAGCUUGCUGGAUAAAGGCGUAAUACGACAUGAUUAUGCUGAUACGGAAUUAUUACUCUCACGGGAGAACGUGGACCAGGAAGCUUUGCUAAACUAUGCCAGAGAAGCAGCUGACUUUUCCACUAAUCAGCAGCUGCCGUCACUGGACUUCGCCAUCAACCACUACGGGCAGCCAGAUGUGGCAAUGUUUGACUUCACGUGCAUGUAUGCAUCAGAGAAUGCAGCGCUGGUGCGAGAGCAGAACGGCCACCAGUUACUUGUGGCACUGGUUGGGGACAGUCUCUUGGAGCCAUUUUGGCCAAUGGGAACUGGAAUAGCGAGAGGAUUUUUAGCUGCAAUGGACUCUGCUUGGAUGGUACGAAGUUGGUCACUCGGAGCAAGUCCUUUGGAAGUUCUUGCAGAGAGGGAAAGCAUUUAUAGACUACUGCCUCAGACCACCCCUGAGAAUGUGAGUAAAAACUUCAGCCAUUAUAGCAUUGAUCCAGCCACUCGGUAUCCCAAUAUCAACGUCAACUUCUUGCGACCACAGCAGGUACGCCACUUGUAUAAUACAGGAGAUUUGAAAGACAUACACCUGGAAAUAGAGAAUUUUGUGAACUCCAGGACGCCAAAGCUGACUCGGAAUGAGUCUGUAGCUCGCUCUAGUAAAUUGCUCAGUUGGUGCCAGAGGCAGACAGAUGGGUAUGCUGGUGUAAAUGUGACAGAUCUCACGAUGUCAUGGAAGAGUGGCUUAGCUUUGUGUGCCAUUAUCCACAGAUACCGUCCAGACUUAAUAGACUUUGAUUCUUUGGAUGAACACAAUGUGGAGAAGAAUAACCAGCUGGCCUUUGACAUUGCUGAAAAAGAGUUUGGAAUAUCUCCCAUUAUGACUGGAAAGGAAAUGGCAUCUGUCGGGGAACCAGAUAAACUCUCCAUGGUGAUGUACCUCACGCAGUUCUAUGAGAUGUUCAAAGACACCAUCCCUUCUAGUGAUAGUGUGGAUCUGAAUGCAGAAGAAAAGGCCGCCCUAAUUGCCAGUACCAAAUCUCCAAUCUCUUUUCUCAGUAAACUGGGACAAAGUAUAUCUCGGAAACGCACUCCAAAGGACAAAAAAGAAAAGGAAUUGGACGGUGCAGGAAAGAGGAGGAAAACCAGCCAAUCUGAGGAUGAGGACAUUCCUCGAAGCUACAGAGAAGAAAGGCCUACAUUGGUGAGUGCCCUGACAGAGAGGAGAAUUGAUGCUGCCAUUGGGAAUCAGAACAAAGUCAAGUCCAUGGCAACCCAGCUUCUGGCCAAGUUUGAGGAGAAUGCACCGGUACAGUCCUCAACAUUACGAAGACAGCAACCUGUCCUGCCUUAUCAAGAACGCGUUCACAAUCAACCAUCCAGCAGACGAGAGCAGGGCCGUCUAGCUCCUAUACCCCAGUGGAAACAGAUGAGGAGUAAGGAACGUUGUCGGACCUGCCCCAAAAAAGUGAUCAUGCUCUCUUCUUCCACUCCACCUUCCUCUCCACCGUAUCCCAGACUGCAGAGAUACAGGGAUCCUGGUGCUGGAUAUCCUGGGGAGCAGAGUCCCAGACAGGAAAGGAGAUCUCCUCGUUUAUUUUCUGAUGACCAAGUGCCUGAGAAUGUUGAACAAAGGGCAUGUCAGCUGGCUGCCCUCCUGGAGCCCAGGCCUGCAGCGAGGCAUCAGCCUGAGACUGAACCGUCUCGCCGAUUCUUUGUUGACCAGUGGGAGCUCUCCCUUAGCCUCCGUUCUUCUAAUCGCCCUUCUUCACCUUCAUCUGACUCUCUUCGACAGAAGUAUAUAAAGAUGUACACAGGCGGAGUGAGCUCAUUGGCUGAGCAGAUAGCCAAUCAGCUUCAAAGGAAAGAGCAACCCAAAACCCUUCUAGACAAGAAGGAACUGGGCUCGCUCAAAAAGGAGUUCCCCCAGAACCUGGGAGGCAGUGAUGUCUGUUACUUCUGCCGCAAGCGAGUCUAUGUGAUGGAAAGGCUGAGUGCUGAAGGCAAGUUCUUCCACCGCAGUUGCUUCAAGUGUGAAUACUGUGCCACCACUCUGCGGUUGUCAUCUUACGCCUAUGAUAUUGAAGAUGGUAAAUUCUACUGUAAGCCCCACUACUGUUACCGACUCUCCGGUUAUGCUCAAAGGAAGAGGCCAGCAGUGUCAGGAAAGGACACCAAAGGACCUCUGCAGGACACUAUGGCAAGUGAUGGAAGUGGACGGGCAAAUUCCAUCUCCUCCUCAGCAGAGAGGGCCCCAGGUCCCAAUGUAAAUGGGCUGGAAGAGCCCAGCCUUGCUAAGCGCUUGCGUGGCACACCUGAGCGAAUUGAGCUGGAGAAUUACCGACUGUCACUGCAACGGGAAGAGGAACUGGAAGAGGUUCCUGAGGAGACACUAGCAGAACAUAAUCUGAGCAGUGUGUUGGACAAAGGAGCAGAGGAGGAUGUGCCCAGCAGCAGUUCAGAGUCUGAGAUGGAGGAGGAAGAUGAAGAUGAGGAUGAUGAACUGCUGCUGCCUCAGCAACCCCCUUCAGACUUGGGAGGUGUGCCAUGGAAAGAGGCUGUGCGCAUCCAUGCCCUAUUGAAGGGGAAGAGCGAAGAAGAGAUUGAAGCGGAGGAAAAUCAUGAGUAUGAUGACAGAGAAGAAGACGAGGAGGAGGAAGAGGACGAUGAGGAAUAUGAAGAGGAGUCUAGCGAAGAGGGAGAGUAUUGCCCUUGGGAGAAAGAGCUGCAGCAAGGCCUCUGGCUUCAACGUCUCUCAAAUGAAGAGGACACGGGUACAUUUAAAGCUGGAAACCUUAGGCUGCAGCAGAUUGUAAAUCCGGUUGAUCCUCUGGAGAUUCUGGCAGAUGUGCACUGGACACACAUCCGUGAAAAAGAGGAGGAGGAAAAAAUGGUCCCAGCCUCAAAGUCCUCCACCUCCAGAGCGUCCGACCUUCCCUCCGUACGCCAUGAGGCGGUACAGGCGUGGCUGGAGACGGUCCCUGGAGCUUCGUGUGAAGAUAAUGGUGUGGAGGAUGAGCUGGGCACAGAGCCUGCAGACACUGAAGGGCAGGCGGGUGAAGAGGGAGACACGGGUGCAGAGCUGGAUGACGAUGACAUCCCAUCUGAUGCAGAAGCCGAGUUUCGCUUACGUCGAGGUAGCGCAGAAGAGCCAGGACUAAAAGUUUCUGAAGAUGAAGAAGGAGCAGAAGAUGCUUCUUGCCGCGUGACAGAAGAUCCAUGCAAGCCGUCUGCUCCUAACCAGUCAACUAAUGACAUUGUUCUUCCUCUGUCUCCAGCUGAUAGUCUCAAAGCAGAACAAGCAGAGGAUGUAAAAGAUCCCCUGGCUGCAAUAAAAUCUCCAGAGGCACGCUUUUUCCCUGAGCUUUUCCUUCUUGAGGAAGGACCAAAGGAUGAAAUUCCCAAAGACAGAAAAGCUAAAAGCCCUUCUGUGCCACUUUCUCCUGUGUUAUCUCAGCCGGUUGCAUCACCAGAAACUACUGCACCUACAUCUCCAGCAGAACCUCAGCCAACAGCACCAAAAUUGGCUUCAUCUCCAACGUCUUCUCAAAAGCCUAUCUGUUCACAGCCUUUGCCUUCUGCUGAGACAUCCAUUCCAUCCCCAGUGGAGCCUCCAGUAUGUUUCCAGCCUGGCCCAGCCUUAACUUCUACUCCUCUAGCUAAACUGGUCCUCAGGAACCAGGAUAGCGAAGUGGAGAAACUGGGGAGCCCUACCACUGCAGAAGAAACUCUGAAACGUAGUAACCUCGUAGAAGAGUUCUGGAUGAAGAGUGCUGAAAUCCGGAGGAGCUUAGGACUCACCCCAGUAGACAGAAACAAACGUUCAGAAUCAAACUUUCCUGUAUCUGCCCUUGAGACAACUCCUCUGAAGACUUUUAAUAGUGAGAGUGUCACAGGGGAUGAAAGGAUGCAUCUUGUGAAGCCACAGCCUGCCCCAAGAAGGCAGGGACUGUCCAAGUUAGAAAAUGAGCAAAUUUCUCUGCUCACUCCAAAAUCUCCAUCAGAAAAAGAACUGAGGAGUUCCCAUGAAGUUAAGAGAGAUGUAUCCAGCAGUUCGGGACUUGGUCUUCAGGAGAGCUCAUCUAACAUGAGAACUUUGGCUAGCCAGAGCUUCAACACUUCUGACUCUACUAUGCUUACUCCUCCAUCAAGUCCCCCACCACCACCUCCUCAAAAUGAAGAACCAGCUACUUUGCGUAGAAAAAGGUAUCAAGCACUUUGGCAGAAUGAGGUUGAAUCCAAGUCACCUCCAACACCAGCAUCAACGCCUCCCGUUCCUCCACGCCAUGAGCCAACCUCUGCUGUCAAAGAACCAACGCAGGCCAAAAAGGAUGACGUGCGAAAGUCUUUUGCAGAGAGUGUGGAUGAAAUUCCAUUUGCUGAUGAUGUGGAGGACACAUAUGAUGACAGGACAGAGGACUCAAGCCUUCAUGAGAAGUUCUUUACACCUCCUACCAGUAGGCCACGGCCAGAGAAACCACUUGUUUUGCCUUUGGUGAAGGAAAAUGGUGGUCCACCCUCUAUGGAGGGAGGGGUUAACCAGAAGAAGAGAGUGUUGCCUGAAAUUUCUGCAGAGGCCAAGGAGCUUGCUGAAGAAAGGAUGAGAGCCAGAGAGAAGUCUGUCAAGAGCCAGGCACUACGUGAUGCCAUGGCUAAACAGUUAUGUAAGAUGAAAGAGAUGGAGAUGGCUGCAGCUGCAGCUGCUGGAUCCGCAAGGGCACGAAAGGCAUCUUCUAUGCCUUUGAAGACCAAAGAGUUGUUUCAUGACUCUCCAAAGCACUUGGCAUUGAAAAUAGCAGAGGUGUCCACACUAAAGCAUGAUGCUGCUAGUGAGAAGUUCUCCACUCCUGCUGAUGUGGCUGGACCUGAAGGAUCUGUCACCUCUUCAGAGGGCUCCAGUGGGAAGAGUAAGAAAAGAACUUCUCUUUUCUCCCCUCGUAAGAACAAAAAGGAGAAGAAAUCCAAAAAUGACAGCAGGCUUUCCGACAAAUCUAGUGGUGGGACAGAGGAAACAACGAAGUCCAGGUCGUUAUGGAAGUCUGUUUUUUCUGGGUAUAAGAAAGACAAGAAGAAGAAAGCUGAUGACAAAUCCUGCCCAAGUACUCCCUCAAGUAGUGCUACUGUGGACUCUGGCAAGCACAAAGCAUCUCCGUUGAUUACAGCUGCAGAUUUGCAGCUCCGUCGACACCUGAGUUUCUCAGAGGACUCUGACCUCUCCAGUGAUGACGUUCUGGAACGUUCCUCCCAGAAAUCCAAGCGAGAGUCGAUUUAUGUACCACACGCCUUGGCAUUCAAGAGAUCAUAUUCGUCAAAGAGAGCCUACACAGAAGAGGAACUGAAUGCUAAGCUGACCCGACGAGUACAGAAGGCUGCCCGCAGACAAGCCAAGCAAGAAGAGCUCAAGAGGUUACAUAGAGCUCAGAUCAUCCAGCGGCAGCUUGAACAAGUGGAAGAGAAGCAGAGACAGCUAGAGGAGAGAGGGGUUGCUGUGGAGAAGGCCCUUCGAGGAGAAGCAGACUAUUGGGGAGAGUCUUAUUACAGUGACCUCAUCGACUUGCAUCUGGGUGUUGAGCCCAAUGGCGGGACACCACGUCGUAGACCUCUCUCCUUCUGCCCUUGCUGUGCCCACGAAGGCAUGGGAAAGAAGGAUGAUCCCAAGCUGAUGCAAGAAUGGUUCAAGCUGGUGCAAGAGAAGAAUGCCUUGGUUCGCUAUGAGUCUGAGCUGAUGAUCUUCGCACGGGAGCUAGAACUGGAAGACAGGCAGAGUCGAUUACAACAGGAACUCCGGGAGAGGAUGGCAGUGGAAGAUCAUCUAAAGACAGAUGAGGAGCUCUCAGAGGAGAAGAGGAUCCUGAAUGAGAUGCUAGAAGUAGUAGAGCAGAGAGAUUCUCUCGUGGCUCUCCUUGAGGAGCAACGGCUUCGAGAAAAAGAGGAAGACAAGGACCUGGAGGCAGUCAUGCUUUCCAAAGGAUUUAGCUUGAACUGGUCCUGAGCUCAAUACAUUUACCUCUGCUGGUUUGUGUUCUCCAGUUGGCUUACCCUGAGUUCGCCAGAAUUACAUGGAUAGGAAGAUGUUGAAGGGGAAAUCUCCGAAGGGCCCGACAGCAUGCAGCGAUUUGGUUUGAAGCACUCAGAAGCCUUUUGAUAAGUGUGUUGGCUCCAGAAGCUUAAGUUUUACAUGUCUGCAAGCCAUGUUGAAGACAACGAGUGGAGCCUGUGGAGUCUCCUUGAAGUUCAGUACAAUUGACUGUAUUUUAUUUUUGUUUGGUAGCAGGGAGAGGAAUAAUCCAUGUGUGGGGAAGGAGGUUAAGGGAAGAAGUACCUUAACUAAUCUGGAUUUAUGGCAGUCCAUUCCUUUCCCAUUUUUACUACAACAGUCCUAAUAAAAGGGAGGGAAGUAACAACCCUCUUUGGAAAACCACAGCAGCCUGUAGCAACCUGUUUGAUGGAAUCAGCUAUCCAGGAGAGCUCCAGAAGCCCAGGGCAGCACCUUCUUUGUUUUAGUCUUCCUCCCCACCAAAGAAACUUACAGUUGGUCAUUAUGCAUGGAUAUGAAGAAAUGAGACAGAGAAGACACUACUAGUUAUGCGUGAUGGAACUCUCUGCCUCAUGUUUUGUAAAGAGAUUUGGGCAUCAGAAGACUCACUCCCUAUCACGGUCUCCUAAGUCUUUAUUGUUGGGGAAAAAGGGGAGAAGAAGAGACAGAAGAUGCCCUUCUGCUUUGCUACACACUGGAGAGACAGCUGCUGCUGGCCUUUAUCUUCUUGGCCACAGCUCAGAGGCUGAUGGGCUUCUUUGUUCUGUUUUUAUUGCGACUGUUUUGACACUGGAAAAACUGACUGUGGGACAGUGUUGAGUGUGCGCUGUGGCAGGGGUGUUACCAAGCAGCAUUCCCUGGCUGUUCAGCUCCUAAAAGGGAGAAGCCCGUAAGUGACUGAAACCACCAUUAAGACUUUUCAGUGUUUUUAUUUUUUCCUCUAUAUUUUGUUUUUGCACAUUGGAAACGAAGCUUAAGACCUGCCUGGGCCCUCAGUCACUUUGACCCUUUUAUGUCGAUUAACUUAUUUUUUUAAUACUUGAAAGAAAAUUCAUUUUUGUAUCUUUUAGGAAAAAAAAAAAUAUGGAUGAAUGAUAGGUGUGUGUGCCUGCUGCAUCCUACAACUUCCACUUCUAAAUUACUGGACGUUGUUACCUGUGGCUAUUUAUUAGUGUUUUUAUAAUGUUACACAUAUUCGAGGGGGGAUGGGGGAGUGUUUUAACUCUAUUAGAGGAAGACACUACUGCAGAUUGGUCCCUCUUUCAGAGCAAGGGCAGUCUUUAUGGACCCCAUGGACGCAUCCUGCCCUAGCAAGAUUUCCUUUAUGAUAAAAUCCUGCACACUUGUGGAGUUGUAAGAAUCUAUUUUGUGUUCCUAGCAUACUUUUCUUCUGCGUCCCAAAAAUCCCUCUGUUGGACUAAUAAACCUAUAAUUUAUUUAAAUUUAAAAUUUUUAUAAUGAGAAAGCCAAAAAUGUAAGGCAGAAAUAUCCCAUAUGUCCCUUUCUCACUGAAAGAGGGACCUUCAUACUCCUGAGAUACAGCUAGAGGGACUUUCAUGAAAACAAAAACAGCACAUUUCCUGCUACUUCCUGUUGGAAGAAGCUCCUUUUGGCUCAGCUGGUGAAGCUGCUGCUUUUAAGCUAAGAGGGUACUCAUUAUAAUUGUGUGUUAAGUAAUGCGCAGGUCAUGCACUUAGCAAUUCAGCACCAUCCACUGUUUGACAGAUUCAGGAGCAUGCUACAUCCUUAACUUGUUGCACAGAGCUGCAAUAGCACUGUGUGUUGGGUCUGUGUCCCAUCCUUAACGUAAUGUGUUAAGAAGUUGUUUUUAAUUCGUUUUUGUUUUUCCCCUUGAGUUGUUGCCUAUUUUCUUUUCACGUUAAGGAAAUACUAAGCCUGCUCUCCAGUGUCUUUGGAAAGGUGUUCCAUUCCCAAGCAUAUUCAUACAGCAUGGUGGCUCUUUCAGCUUGAACAUACACUGUUGGUGCAAGAUGCCCAAGCAGGGCUGAACAUCCUUUAAUUCUUUGCCCCAGGGUAAAUGUUAACAUGGUUUACUGCUGCUGACUCUCUGUCUCCUUCAAAGAGGCCAGCUGUCUAUAACCUGAGGUCACCUCUGAUGGAUGAACAUAUGCUGAGGAAGAACAUGUAGGAUGGUGUCCAAGGUCUGUGAGCAGGGCUGAUUGCUAACUACGGAAACUUGUUUUUUAUACUUCAGGAGUUUCCUCUUUUCCCCUCCUUACCAUUGUCAUUUAAGGCAUUGCAAAUUAAACACACGCUGUGAAACAAAGCAGGUAGGCAGCUUCAGUGCUACUUAGUAACUAUGCAUGUUAGAAAGUCAUACCCCUAUACCAACCUCACUGGACAAAACUCUUGAGGAGUGUUGGCCUGCUAAGAGGAUUCGGUUAGCAGAGUACUCCCUAUUUGCCAGGGCAGAGGCCAGCUGUGGAGUCAAACUGGUGGUGGUAAUAGGUUACGUAGUCUGCAUGAGGGGCCAGUGGAACCUGCAGAGGAGAGGAGAAAGAGAGAACCUCAGUAAUUUCCAGUAAACUGUCCUGCGCAGAGAAUCAGCCUCAGUCCCUUCUGUAGUAUGGACCAUAUUUAACUUUUAACAAAAGAUCACUGAAUGUGAGCUGUAUGAAGAAGACAUACCAGGUUAGUACCUAUCCCUUUUCAUGCUGGGGGAUGUGGGCCAGAUUUUUUCACUGCCUGAGUCUAUCACUUGAGGGUGUAAUGCCCUACUGCAGGGGAAAAAUGCAUAUCCUACAACUGAACUCUCUGAGUUGUGCUGAAGUCCUCCAGCACUCAGAAUGAAAGUGGAGACCUAACAUCGCACACACAGUCAAUUGAAAGUACAUGAAAGGAAACCUUAAAAGGCCUUUUUAUAUCAAAUGGUUUUAAAAGGCACAACUUGUAUUUGCUGUUCAGUUGCACUUUAAGAAUAUAACUUACAUACCAGAUACUGGGUUUUUUUACUGUCUGAAUAUUUUUAAUUCAAACUUUGUAUUUUUAAAGCUAAAGAAGGCUCUUGUGACCACAAGAUCCCUUAUUUGUAUCAGAAUCCAAGUAGGAUGUUCUAGCUCCUUGUGCUAUCCAGGUGCAAAGCAGCACAUGUCUCAGCCAUGUGUAUUCAAUGACGUGUGUCCGUCAAGCACAUGAAGGAAGUGAGAAGGCCCUCAGCUUCUGAGAAUUAGGCAUGCAAAGGUAUCUGCUUGUAUGCCCUAUGUGACAGUCCUCGUACCAGGGGCUGGCUCCUUCCUCUGUGUUGUGGGAGGAGCACAGAGCUCAGAACCUAACCCACCUUUGUUUCCAAAUGGGCACACUGAGGAUGUGGCAAGCGCUUCAGUCCCCUAAGGGGAAAGGAGGAGGUGAUAUCACCUCCUGGAAACACCCAGGAAGCAAGUAGGGAUGGGGGAAUGAAGACUGCCAGAACACCCGAUCUGCUGUUUUCACAGUACAAAUACUUUGUUUUUUGUUUUUCAACUGUUCUGUUCCUUUUACUGUCUUUUCAUUUAAGCUCACAAAUGGCUGUAAGAUCCUGAGCUUCAGAGAACUAUGCAUGGGGAGAUGACAAGAGCAUCUUUCAGCUCCAACUUCCAGACAUGCUCCUUUUUUUUU